UGCGACGACGGUGACGCUCGCUGACUUUUCAACUGACGCUGCGUUGGUGCCGUCUUUGUGAGGUACUGACCGGAAAGGGGACUGUGUGACGCCUUGAACGUACUCGCGGACACUCUGUGUGACGUCCACGAGACACAACGGUACCGUCUUCGUGAACUACCGACUUCGAAACGUGAGUCUUCGUGCUGCCUCAGAAACGUGCGUGCGGACGCUCUGUGUGACGCCUGCGAGACGCUACGAUACCGUUUCUGUGACUGAUCGACAUUGAGCCGUUGUGCCGCCUCGGAAACGUGCGUAUGGACGCUCUGAGUGUCGUUGGCAAGCCUAGACGUUUAUCUGUUGGUGAAAAACUGUGUGUACGCCCAGACAGGCGUAUAGACAACGCCCAAGAUGGCAGACGGCGGCGGAACUAACGAAAUGAUGCAAGCUUUGCUGGAGCAAAACCGGCGGUUAUUGGAGCUUAUCGAGAGGAAGCCUGAAGCGUUCCACGUUAUGCCGGACCUAAAUAAGGCUAUCCAGGAUUUCGACGGCGAGGGCUCAUGCCACGAAGCCGGGGCGUGGUUGAAGAGUAUCGAUUCCAUGGCGGUCCUGCACGGCUGGCCGGACAGCUUCAGACUCGAAAACCUCUUGCAUGGAUAUCAACCAAGGAUGCAGGAUGGUAUCCUCAGAUGGCUGAACACUGAGAAUAACGAGUGGGUCUGCCCGGAGCAACUUCAAGAGAUGGCUCAAAAGGACAUAGCGAGCCAGCAAGCAAGGUCGAAGAAGUACUUCGACAAGCAUCACUUCACAGCGGACAAGUUGAGUGUUGGAGACAUAGUGGUCAUGCGCUGCGUUCCAGAGCACACUGGUGCCCCAACAAAAACCCAGAAGAAGUUCAGAGGUCCACUCACUGUGAUAGAAGUACUUCCAGCAGACACCUACAGAGUGACCGAGAUGAACGGAAGGAAAAGGGUCUACUCGACAACUGCCCACAUGAGCCAACUGAAGAGAUGGGGUGGAAGAUGCCAGGAACAGUUCGACCAGUCAAUCUCCGACGAGGAAGAAAGCGUGCCGAGACGUAGCACACGUGUGUCCAAAAGACCUGCGUAUCUUCGGGACUACACCACAUGA